CUGCCACAUCCAGGUUCAUUUGACACAGUCAACUGUUGACCAUCGUGCCAAGCGCGAUCAGCGAGAGAUCGCGAAUGACUAGCUAUCAGCCAGUGUCGUAGAAGUCUGAGUACGGCUAUGCUAUCAAAGCAAAUUGGGAACGAGAAAACGACUUGGCCACUUACGUAUCCAACAUGACCAAACCGAUGUCAAAGGACAGGCUAGACACCGUAUCACUGUGGAGUGAGGCGCAGUCUUUUGAACGUGCGCUUCGAGAGCAUGAGCUCCGCAAACGUCAGCAACGCAGCUUGGCAUUGGUAGAUACAGAUGCGGGACGCCUUCGAUUAUGUCUUUUAGAGCUUUACGAGGACUUGAUAAUAGUCGACCCCACCUUUGCCGCUGCAAAGAAUGUUGAUGAUAAGCUUUGGAAUGUUGUAUUUUACGUGCGACUGGAAGAACUUCGCAGCUUGAUCCGAAAAUUACAGAUUGAGCCGAAUCCAUCUCUUCUUGCCGCUUCGGAGGAACUUCAGAACCAUUUGAAUAUGGCUAUUAGCUUUUAUCAAACAUUGCUAUUAACAAUGAAGAGUACUUUCCAAGAAGAUUUGAUUGCUUUUGGCAUUGAACAAUAUGCAUGCAAGCGAGACGCUCAUGAUGAACCGCUGUCCGAUGUGCAAGUAAAGCUUUCGCUUUUCCAGCUGAUCCAUAAGUGUACUGUCUAUCUUGGAGAUUUAUCACGGUAUCGCGAGAUUCACAGUCUCAGUAAUGGAAAGAAUUGGCAGAGCCCGCGCUAUCACUACCUCAAAGCGAUUAGAAUAAAUCCAGACAUUGGUAAACCCUACUCACAACUUGCUAUCGUCGCCAGCUAUACGCGAAGUGAUCUUGAGGUGAUUUACUGGUACUGCUUGAGCCUGGCAAACCUCAAUCCUCAUAGCGUCACGAAAGAGAAUAUUACCGCUUUCUACAACAGUCAGGAAACGAAAGCGAUGCUACAGUCCUCUGAACCGCAGUCCUCAAGGUUCCCAUUGCAACAAGCAACCACCGACUUCCUGUCAUUCCAUCGCCAGACUUUCGAUCCAGAAAGCGUAGUCAUGAGUGACUUGCUUUCAAGUUAUGUGAAGACGAUAGAAAUAGUGCGUGCCAUUCCGACUACAUCAUCGCAGGCUGUUCCUCUCCCUGAUUGGUUGCGGAUGGUGAUGCCAAUAUUGGCAGCGACAUACUAUGAUAUGGAUCAACGCUUUGGCAAAACUGAUCAAACGGCCGUGCGACAUCGAGUUCGGAUUAUUCAAGUCUUUCUUGCAGCGAUGGCGUUCGAUUUUCUGGCUAUCAUGCUUGAUGUUCUCCUCAACAACAUGACCGAGACCGAAGUUGCGAUGGAGACCCUAGCCGAGUCUCCUGAUGCUAGCCGGCUUUUCGGCUACCUAUCACCAAUUGCCCUGAUGUGCGCCUGGCUAGAAAUGAAUCUUAAUGUGUUUGUGAUGUUCUUGAACUACGCUAAAACGAUUAAGGAAGCGGAAGUCGUAUUACCGACAGUCACCAAAUUUUUACGAUCGCUUGGAAAAUUUGCGAACAUUAUAUCUUCUUUUGCUGAUAUGGAUGGAAGCAUUGACUGCCUUCCAGAAGAUGCGGACUUGCUCGGCUUUUUGCCCUUGCGGAAUUAUUACCAACAGUUGGACCUGGAAUCUAUCGAGGAUGUGUUAAAAGACAGGCAAUCUGCUGUAUCAGAUCAGAUGGCAAUUCGAAUGGCCAGGGUUGCCCGUUUUGCCAAGAAAUUGUCAGAAGAUGAGCGAAUUAAUUUCUUCCGCUUCAAUGAAACUGAUGGAACCUUCAAUGUACUUGACGAAGACGCCAAGAAAAAAGAAAUGCACAAAUUAAUGAAGGCUCUUGCUACUGAAAGGCUAAAAGACCAAGUUAGCACACUGGAGCAAAAUAUCAACAAACUAAAAGAGCUGUCUUGCCCCAUGAUUUUAAUCGAUACCAAUGGAUAUGUACACCACCUGGGACUCGUGAAGAAAUGGUUGGCGUCCAGAAAAUCGAUUGUUAUAGUUCCCAUGGAAGUUAUUGAUAACUUGGACCGCCUCAAAAAAGGUACCGAAAAAAUAAAUGCUAGAGCCCGCGAGGCGAUCCGGUACCUUGAGCAAAGGUUCAGAUACCGUUCUGAAUAUCUUCGGGGACAGCAGGACGAGGAACGCAUUGCACUAUGGGACCGAGAGGGCACGCUGCCAAACUCUGCUGGCUUUGUGCCAAAGCAUAUGCGAUCAAUUCUUGCUUGUGCUCUGUAUUAUCAGACUAGAGUUGCACCGCAGCCGUUGGAUGAGACGGAUGUACCUUUUGCCCUAGUAACGGAUGAUACUGCUUUAGCAGAAGUUGCGUGCGGCGUAGGUGUGGUUGUACGGGGCGUACAAGAUUGGAAGAUGUUUAUCGAAGAGAAAAUUAGGAAGAGGUGAUAAAUGGUACUGCUUAUGACCAGCUAAGAAACUUUGCAUCAUCGAGGAACAUGACUGCUUUCCCACAAACAAAUCACAGUUGUGCAGUGUUGUCGCAAAUUAUAGGCC